GAGAAAAAGAGACAGAAAAGCACAGCAAGAAAGACUACGGGAAAACUUGGAAGGGAAAGACGGGGCGAGAAGCCAGAGGAGAGAGGAAGGGACGCAUGAUGAGAGGAGAAGAAACAGAGGAAACCCAUUCCAGCUGUGUUUCUGCAACAAAUAGAGUCGUGAUAACAUCUUCACGGUGAAGAAUUUUCUGCCGCUGCACGCCAAGGGAACAAACAAUUACCUCUGACAUUUUUGGUCAGUAUCAGGCUGUUUAUUUUUAAUCAAGCUGUAAUCCAAACAGAUGAUCUAGUAAUAGGACAGAAACAGCACUGAGUUUGAGUGGAAAACAAGUCUUAUUGGUCCCUUCUUAAAAAAACCCCACAAAACAAACAAACUUUGCUUUGUGCACCAAGAGCCUUUCCAGAACUUAUUCGAAAAGAUUUAAACAUGAGUGCAGACAACUCUAGCCUGCUGGACAGCCUGCUCUUUCCCCCUCUCUGCGAUGGCUGGAGCAACAACACAGAGGGAGCCAUCUACCAGCUGGGCAACACCAUCCUGUUUCUGGGCUACAUGGGAGGAAGCGGGGCUUAUGGGUGCCUCUUCAUCUUCGGCUUCCUUUGUCCCGGUUUCCUGUGUCUUCUUCUGUGGGGAUUGCUUACAGUGUGUGGCCUGGAUGUCUUCACCUGGAACCUGCUUCUACUGCUGGUCUGCUUGCUUCAGCUCUGUCACCUCCUUUACCGGCUGCACCAGGAGGGCAUACGAGGUGAGGAGCUGGCCUCCCUCUACCAGGCGGUCUACCUGCCCCUGGGCGUGCCUGUCCAGGUGUUCAAGGAGAUUGCAAAGGCUUUUGAGAGCAAGGUGCUGGAGCUGAAAGCAGGAGAGACUUAUGCUGUGGAGGGAAAGACCCCCAUUGACCAGCUCUCCUUUCUGCUUUCUGGAAGGAUCAACGUGUCUUUGGAGGGCCAGUUUCUGCAUUACAUCCACCGACACCAGUUCCUCGACUCUCCCGAGUGGGAGUCUCUUAGACCAAACGAGGAGGGAAAGUUCCAGGUGACCCUGACAGCAGAGGAAGAUUCCCGUUACAUCUCAUGGCGUCGCCGCCGUCUCUACAUGCUUAUAUCAAAGGAUCGCUACAUCGCCCGUCUCUUCUCUGUAAUGCUGGGACACGACAUUGCUGAAAAGCUCUACAACCUUAACAACAAGCUCUACAUCAAAAGUGGCGUGUUGUUGGACAUCCGCCUGCCCAGCCUCUACCACGUGCUAGCUCCUGCCUCGCAGGGCAGUGAGGGUGGCAGCGGCAGUGAUGGAGGCCCUGCCAGGGAGCAACAAACUGAACAGCAGUGCCAAGACCCAGAGCUCACCUACCAGAUGCCUGACAGACCUAAACCUCAGCCUCUCCAGCCCAAACCUCAGGGACCAAUGAAGACAGCCGUGGAUGAACCCUUGCAUGACCCUUAUCACCCUUCCUGGGCGUCUGACCCGGAGCUGCCCAUUGGUGAGGACUCCACCAGCCUGGUCCUGGAGGACUUUGCUGAUGUGGCGGGCUCCUUAACGGAUUAUGGCAGUGAGAGGGAAUAUUUGAGGUAGAGAGGGAGGGUGCUGGAGCUAACACACGGGGGCACCACUUAAGCUACAUGAGGUGAUGGGAAUCUACCACCUCGAUUCCAGAGGGUCAGAGCGCCGCUGGCUCCCACUGAAACCCCUAAACUGUGAGACGUCUCUCCUGGAAACACUAUGUUAACA